AUGGACAAAGGCAAAGCGCGUCAGCUUGACAGUGAUCACUCAAAGGCGGUUCCACCGCGGGACCGGCUAGAAGACUCACCACUCUCUUACAAUCAACUUGUGUCCGGCAUCAUCGACUUUCUCGAGGUCGCAUUUCACACGAUUCUAUGUAUGCGGUCAGUGUACCCAUACGAUGUGUUUGCUCGACGCAAAAAGUACAGUCAUCCCUGCUACCAAUCACGACAUCCUGGACUCAACGAAUACAUUUCCCGCGUAUUGGCGGCGCUUCGAAUCGAGAUCGAGAAGAGUACCGUCCGCAAAGUCAUUCUCGUCAUUCGACCCAAUAUUGUCAUAGAUCCGACUGACCGUAUACAAGGAUGCGGAUCUUCAGUCGAACCAACUUCGAGCGAUGGUAGCAAUGCCAGCCCUGGCGACGCAUACGAGCGCUUUGUUUUCAACCUGGACUACAUCCAGCCCUUCUCAUUGAUGGACGAGCGAGACAGAGAUCUGGCGAUAUCCCACAAUGUGACGAGCAAUGAGCUUGAGAUGAUGUUUAGAGGAUUUAUGCAGAAGCUCAUGGUUGUCGACGGAAUUUUGUACGACAUGCCGACCGCAGUAGCUUUCAAGGGUCAUGACGGGGACGUCGCAUCUACCGCUGAGCUCACGUUCGCUGUGGUGCUCGAGAUGGUAGACGAUGACAUGCCGCCUCUGGGAAAGGAUCAGAACGAAGCAAGUACAGGAGAUUGGAUUCCUGCUGAUGCUGAAAAUCUAGGGCGUUCUUCUGGAGCCUGCCGCAAUCGCCCGAGCAACGGACACGAUGCGGAUGGCCUGGCCCCCAAAAUACGUCCAAUCAAAACACUCGACUCGGGCGUCAUCAACCUCAUGCUCUAUGUCGAAGAAGACAUCUACGCCAAGUCAGGCCAGCGGCAAUCGUCUCACAGCUCUCCGCCGAAUCAGAAGAACAUUCGGCCUACGUCUGCGCAACCAACGCGCAUAGCUUGCGGUGUUGAAGACGAACUGCUGCUGUCCAAGGCUACUCAGAUCGACGUAUCCUCCGGAGCAGGGGGAAGCGCGAGAGACGUCAAGAAUCGGGCACGCCGUCUGGAAGCGGAGCGAGACUUGGACGAGCCAGGUUUGGCCCAGGCUCAGGCAGAACUGGAUUACGCACACGCCAAAGCCAAACGCAAACGUGCAAGAAUGGUACUGGGCGAAACACGCGCAGCUGAAUCGGACUCGGAAUCGUCUUCAUCUGCACCCAAUUCACCGAGCGGAACCAGUCAGAGUGUAAGGGAUGAGUAUGGUGGUCAGCUCAGUGGCAGCUUUUGA